GCUUGAUAAUCAGAUAGAAACGAAAAAAAUGCUCUGCGAAGCGAGAAAAAUCCACGUGGACUUCGGCGAGGUAGAAACGGGCGCCACAACUGUCAAGUGGCUGGAGAUAGUUAACGAAAGUUGCAUCGAGCAAAUUUACGAGGCUCGAAGAGAUGCGUCUACCAAUCCGCUGGAUCACGUAUUUGAAUUGUGUAGCUACUCUUGGUCUUUACUUCCUGGCCAGACAUACAAAUGCAAAAUAUACUAUCGGCCAUUCAUGCCAUUCACCGUAAACGUAGAUUACUUUACGAUUGUGGAUUCAGCUGGCAAACGCGCGGAAAUCCAAGUCCGCGGAAGGUGCAUUUUUGGACCCAUGGUCUCCUCGUCUGCCACAAGAUUAAUCAUGAUGUGUACGAACGAGAAUCGCGAGGUGAAGAAGCGGAUUAGGCUCGUCAAUGAUUCAAAAGCCACGGCGACUUUCAUGUUUGACAUCGACUCGCUUCGGAGGCCGUUUGAAGCAAAUCCGCGGCACGGACACAUCGAGCCCUGUUCUCACAAAUUCGUAACAAUUACUUUUGCACCACGAGAAAGCGGGAUCUACGCGUGCUAUUUUCCGUGCUUAAUCCUGAAUCACAAACCGAUUAUCAUAGAAUUAUACGGCUAUUGCACAGCGUUGCGUAAAACGAGAGAGAGAGAGAGCACGCAGAUCCGUUUUAAUUAUCCUACGAGGUUGAAAAAUGGCUUCGAAGGAUACACAAGUGAUACUGUUGUCGCCACGCAAAAUCUUCCUGCGGUUUCUUCAUCGAAAAAUUGUAUCGACUUCGGUCAGGCCGACGUAGAGGCGGAAAAUGCUGAGCGAAAAAUUCCGGAAACCCUGUGUCUUACUAAUCAUAGCCAGUCCGAUGUAUUAAUUAAAUGGGACCAAGAUGUUGAAGGAAUUUUCAAUAUAACACCCACCAUCACGAGAAUACCGGCGAGCCAGACGGCUCUGUUUGAAGUCGCGUUUAAUCCCAACCGAACAAGCAGUUUCUUUGCGAGAGACCUCGUUGGAGAUGUUUUUGUCAAGCGGCAAGAAGACCGCUUUGAAGAAGAAACUCUGACAUUCCCUGCAAUCACAUCCGUGCGGCUAAUAGGUCAUUCCUUUCCCGUUUGCUCCGAUGGUUGGAUUCCUCAGUACGAGGUACCUCACGUAGUUAAGAUGCCUCCUUGUGUACCCUCAUCGCCGACAUACGCCACGUUUCUAAUACGAAGAUACGGGCAUUUACUGCUAAUGUAUCGCUUUGUACCGCCAGCAUCGAGCCACUUUAUCGUGAAGCCGAUGAUGGGCAUAAUUCAUCAAGAUUAUCAUAUCAUUGUAGUUGGCAUGUUACCCGGAAACGACGAUAAACGCGUUUAUAUGGAACGUUGGGCGAUACGUUUCAAUGGAAAUAUGAAAUCGGAAUGUUUCAUAGAUUUUCAGGGAUACACGGAAUAUGCGAGUGUCAGUUUUAGUGAUCGGAAUACCGUGAGUUUCGCGCCGACGUUUCCAGGCUGUCAAAGCCUGCAGCAAUUUUAUAUGCGAAACAUCACUCGACAUGUAAUAAAUUAUGAAUUCAUUAAUGUGAAACCUGAACUUCAAAUACGAUAUGGAAAUGGCAAAAUUUACUCGAACGAUAUAAUUACCCACGAAUGGUUAUUUUGUCCUACAACACUUGGAGAUUACGAGUUUGACAUAAACUGCAUAUUGAUCGUAUUAAAAGAUGGAACUCCCGUUGGCCCUAGCGUCUGCAUAACAUUACAUGUAACAGGAAAAUGUGAAUCUGGUGUUCUUAUGUCAGCGCCGGAUGAAUUAAAUUUUGGAAUUCAGGCAUACAAAGAUACGAAAGAAUUAAGUUUUCACGUAUUUAACUUGAGUCCUGUAAACAUCUAUUACAAAAUGACAUGUAGUCAUUGCAAUUGGCCAAUUGGGAAUAUAAAACGUGAUGUAAAAAUACAUCCGACUGCGGACACCGUUGUUGUCGGAGAAGAUAAAAUUAUUACUGUUCUUAUUACACCUACUACUCCGGGAUUUUACGAAUUUUUCAUUCAGUAUUUUGUGAGGAUAAGUUCUGAUGUAAACACAGAUCUAAUUCCGAAUCAGAUUCCGAGGAAUAUCUGUAAAGUGCGUUGUUUAUGUGUAUUGCCUACUUUGAAGGUAACCGAUUUGCAAUAUUAUGGAUCUUACCCAGACGUGAGCAAAGCUUUUCUUUGGAAGCUGAUGAAAAUAAACACGCUCAAUAUAUUAUUCAGAGAUUUACAACCAGGAACAUCGCAAACGUUUUACAUAAAUUUCCCAGCAAUGGUUUUACAUAGUCCGAAGGUUAUUGUAAAAUUACUUCUAAUAAACAUAACUGCAGUGAAUGCUUCGUGGAAUAUAAAAAAAGUGCAGCUCUGUUCUUGUCGGCCAGUUGUAAACACUCAAGGUUGUCUCAAAUUUCAACGUGCAAAAUACGAUUGCUUGCAUAGGAAAAUGUGUUCUAUACAGCCAAAAACGGGAAAUAUUAAACCAAGAGAAGAGAUCUGGAUAACACUAGAGCUGCGUUAUUUAUUGUUAGGCCAGACCGAGACAAAGUGGGACUUAGACCUCGGAGAUAAUCGUCACAUUUUUUUUAUUAUGAUAAUUGAAUGUUUAUCUGAUUCUGAUAAAAAGCUCCAGCUUUUAAACGGCACGCAUUUCAAAUUCCAACAUGUUUAUUUUGGAGAAAAAGAUCCUAUCUACCAGGUUGUUUAGUUGUAUUUAAAUAUACAAUACAUCCAUAACGUGAAAAUUUUUCAGGUGUGUUGGGUACAUAAUAGUACAAAUCACAGCAUCCCGUUUUCUAUAAAUCUAAGAACGAUGUACGAAAUAAAUCAGGAAUACUGCUAUAAAGUUUUUUCCUGUGUCACUCCACAUGCAAUCGCGAAUCCGCAAACUUUCGUCCCGAUCCUUUUAAAAUUUCAGCCAAGGAAAUUCGGCAUAUUUAAAGGAAAGUUGCGUUUGACUUUGGGUGACAGAGAAGAAGAACUGACACUCGAAGGUGAAUCCUCCUUGCCACAUAAACCAGCAACAAUUAGAGAAUAUAUUCCAUGCGAACACAGUUUCGAAGAUGAUGAGAAUAUUCCCAUAUACUUUAGUACUGACUGUAUAAAUAUUUCUCACAUAGCUACGCACAGCCAUGUGGUUAAGAUGAUUAUGAUACAUAAUAAUUUGGUGCAAGACGUACUCGCCUAUGAAUGGAAAAGACGUGAGACAUCUGAAAUAAUUCACGUGGAAAUUUAUCCGCCAAAAGGCUUGAUAAAGCCAAUGUCCGUCAAAAGCUUCCGUGUAACUAUAUAUACUAAAGGAUACCCUUGCAUAAUUGAUAUUGAUAUACCAUGCGAAUUUAUUAAUGCUAGCCAAAGGCGGAUCUAUCAACGAAGUGUAUACAUUCACGAAGGCUUGUCUCAGGAACUGAAAGGACAGUUUACUAUUACGGAAAAAGGCAUCAGCGUUCCAGAAUUACCGGUGAAAAUCUUGAAAAAACCUCAGCCAUUUUAUAAAGCCAUAACAAUUCGAUGUUCUAUCUAUAGCGUAGAAGACAAAUUUCUGAAAGUUAGUCUAAUGAAAGAAUUAACAAGUGCACCGCCAAAAGGAAUAUGCAUCGAGGAAAAUGAGAGAACGAUGACAUUCGGGAAAGAAGAUAUUAGUCGAUCUUCGUUUAUUAUAGAGGGUCUACUGUGGGAAAUAGUCAACAGUAAACUGUUCAGAAACAUAAUGCAAGACAUUUUACGGGAAGAAUCGAAUUUAUUUUACUCGCAAUUUAGAAUGAAUUUGUAUGAAAGAAAGAGAUUGAUACAGAGAUCGUACAUUUCACCGCCGCGAGCGUUAAUUAAUCGUAUACUCGAAGAGAUGUUAUUCGUCAUAAUGCACGAAGAAUUCGCUUUAAAGACUGCACAUUUAAUUCAACACACAGAUAUUAGACACAUAGACUACUUAAACAAGGUACCUAGCGUGAGCAGGAAAAAGAUAAUUAGACGAGAAACAUCGUUGCUACGAGACAAAUCCCCUUCUAUGAUAUCAGAAUUAGUCCCCUCAUCCAAAAUAUCCUUCGCCAUAUAAUUAUAUACAAUACAAUCGC